AUGAGCGAAGAAAUGCUGCAAAGAAACCUAAAGGAAAAAAUAGGAACUUGGGAUUUUUACAAUAUCGGCUCCACGACGAUCAACCAGUUAAAAAAAUGGGGAAUUUUAAGAGCUGUUGACUAUGAAGACAUUGGCGGAAAAAAAGUAGACACCAUUAUAAUGGAAAAUAAAAGGGUUAUUGCAAUUAUUGAGUUUAAAUCUCCCAAAAAUUUUAAUACCCAGAAUAAAAAAAACCAAGCUGUUCAGCAAGAAAUUGAAGUUGCUAAGAAAUUAAAAUCAAAUGAAGAGGGCAACGAACUUAAAUACCCUUUUGAUGAAAAAGAUCCUAAUUUGCAAAAAUUUAUAGAUGAAACUUUAGUAUCAAUUGACGAAAAAAAUGACAAGAAAUUACCAAAACAACUGGUAGACCCAACUGAUUUAGCCAAACAAUAUCAUAAAAACAGUUCUUCGAAUGAUGUAUUGGACAAUUACGCUAGGACUAUAAGACCAAAAAUAAAAGAAUUAUUCCCUGAAGGUUCAGAUGGAACAACCAUUAUAAAUGGAACAAUCUUUGUAAACAAAAAGCAAAAAGCAGUGACUGGCUAUGGUACCGUGUUUAAAAAAGUUUUAGAAAGGUUUAAGAAAAAUGGAAAAUUAGAAAAACAAAAAAUCAAUGAUUUAAUAAUAAGUAUAGGAGAAGAAAAGAUUAACUCUAGUCAAAAGAUUACCAUAGGCGAGAUUUUUGAUUUAUCAAUUAGAACAAAUGAAUAUGCUGUGGAAAAAGAAUUAUUAAAACAAGAAUUUGGCUUUUCUAACAAGGCUGGUAAGGACAAAGUAAAGGAUAUUGAAAUUAAAAUACCAACCAAUCCCGAAGGCGGUUUUGAUUUAUUAAGGCAGGAAGAAAUAGCAAAAAAGUAUAAACAGAUUGAAGAAAUUAAAGAAAAAAUAAAGGCUGAAUUAGAAAAGAUUGAAAAUAUCAAAGUUGAUAUUGGUAUCUAG